CAAGAAGCAUGGCAUGACACGUGUCCAGAACCCUUCUCACAAUGUGCCCACGACAGGCUACACCCCGACAGCACACGAUUGGGGUAUUGUGAAGCAAGGCGUUCACGAGGUGUAUCAGCUCUUAGCCGACCGUGCGAGUUACGAGGAUUGUCAAAAACGACUACGGCAGAUGGCCCUGGAUGUAGGUGAUGAAGAUAUGCUCCACCAGGGCAUAUUCCACUAUGAAGAUAAGAUGCGGGUGGAAGUGACGAAGAGAAUGAUUCAGAUGAACGUGAAGAUGGGGGUGAGGACUCACAAGCGCCCCCUCAAAUUCUCAACACAGGGUGUCUCAUAUGAUCAACCACCCCCUCAAUUCUCAACGCAUCAAGGUGUCUCAUUUGAUCAACCACCGCCGUAUUAUGAUUCUUAUCAGUGGUCCACACAACCGGAUGAUUAUGUUGAAUCGUUUCUGAAUUCGUCUUUUCACUAUGGAGACACAACGGGGCCUUGG